AUGCCUUUUGAACUUAUUCCUCCUCACGCGUAUCAGACCAAGAUUCCGAAAUGCAUUCUGCGGAUUGAUGAUAACUGGUAUGAUUGUACUUCUUGGAGACAUUCACACCCUGGAGGGGCUAUGAUUUGUGAUCAAUUUCACGAUAAGGAUGCUACAGAUGUUUUUUACUCGCUUCAUUCAAAGGAGGCUAUACAAAAACUCAAGAGGAUGAAAGCACUUCCUCUUAGGGAGACUGAUAAGCCACGUGAUGAAGUUUCAUUAAGAUUUGAAAAACUCAGAAAGGAGCUUGAAAAAGAUGGCUGGUUUGAACGGGAUUGGUUUAUUGAUUUUACUCGUAAUAUCAUUCCUGUUAUCAUUCUUUGUGUUGUGGGGAGUUUCUUAAGUUAUUCAUAUCCUCUUAUAUCGAUAAUUAUGAUUGGAUUGGGUAUGCAACAGGGAGGAUGGUUGGCCCAUGAUUUUGGACAUGGUCGAGGUAAGUUAAGCCAUUUUUUGGGUGUUACUCUUGGUGGUCUUAUCAACGGAUUCUCUCUAAGCUGGUGGUCUCAGAAGCACAAUACACAUCACACAUUUCCGAACAGGAAAGAACAUGAUGCUGAUAUUCACAAUGAACCUGUUUUGUAUUUAUGGACCCCUAAAGACGAAGAUGAUAAUUUUUUUCGUCGUUACCAGCAUUUUUAUUAUCCUUUUGCGUAUUCUCUUCUUUACAUCUCUUGGCGGAUGCAAUCUAUAAUAUUUGUACUCGGAAGUCGUAAUACCGUUGAGCGUUUGAUGAUUGUAUUGAAUUAUCUGUGGUUGGCAUGUCUUCCCUGGAAAGUCGUAAUUGGCAGUAUUUUAUUGGGUGGAUUUUGUGUCGCUAUUGUGGUGACGGCGAAUCAUCAAACUGAAGAAAUACUGGAACCAAAUGAUAACUACCAUUAUGUUGUAGAUCAGUAUCGAACAACUCGUGGUGUUCAUUGCUCUAGCAUGUUUUUCGAGUGGUUUUUCGGCGGAAUGCAGUAUCAGCUGGAGCAUCACCUUUUUCCCAUGAUGCCACGUUAUCGGUAUCCAAAAGCUCGUACUGUGGUGAAGAAGUUCUCCGAAGAAAAUUCACUUCCAUUUCACGUAAAUGGAGUGAUGGAAAUCAUAAGGAUGAACUAUGAUGUUAUAAAGAAAAAUUCCCAGCCAAUUGAAUCUAUUCAGAAGUGA